AUGGCGAGCAGCCUGCUUGUGCCAACUGUCGCGCAUAUCAACAAGCUCGCUGUAUAUACACAGCUAGGAGUAGGACCAUACGGUAGGCCUACCAAAGCAGUUCUGAAGCAACUACAAGAAGAGAAUCGUCGUCUUAGGGCGACAACGAAUGAUCCGGGCAGCCCAACCAGCGUCAGCCCCUACAAGCCACAGCCGGCUGGGUCUGGUGAGAAUUCAAGCACAAUCGUCUUACCACUCGACAAACCAACCGGAGAUCAUGCCCAUAAGACGCAGACAGAGUCGCCAAUGACGGCACCUGCCUCAAUUAGUAAUAUCUCGACCUUUCACGGUCCCACGAGUACCCUAUUCGACGACGUCGCCGCUGGUAAGCAGAACAACUCAUGGUUAAGUCCCGAACGACGAGCAACGAUGCCUGGUGUGCUUUUCGCCGAAGCAGCCAGGCAGAAGCAGAUGGAGCGGAUCAACACUCUUCAAAAUAAACUCGACUUCGACGGUGUAGAACCCGAAUUGGGCUUGCAUCUUCUGAACCUUCAUUGGAAUCGUCAACACCAUUCGUUCUUGGUGACAUAUCGACCUGCCUUUAUGAGAGAUAUGGCAUGUAAUGGUCCGUACUUCUCGAAGAUUCUACUCAACGCUAUAUACUAUGGUGCAUCGAAAUUUAGCACCAGACUUGAGCUUCGUAAAGAUCGAGACGACGUCCGAACUGCUGGAUGGCAGUUCAGAGACAGAGUAAGAGAGCUACUAGGUCGAGCGAUGGAUCGAAGUGAGAUUCCGACUAUACAGGCGCUGCUGCAGAUGACUAGUUCGCUGUUCGCUCUUGGCGAUGAGCAGAGCGCUGCGUGGCUGUAUGCCGGUGCAGCUUUCCGGAUGGUCAUCGAUCUAGGUCUUCAUAUUGAUGCUACACUAUUGCCAAGUCAUACUAAGCUCAGUGAAGAGGACCUUGAGAUUCGACGACGCGUGUUCUGGUCGGCUUUUGUGCUCGACAAAAUCCAAUCUUUAUAUCAGGGCCGACCUGCCGCUUUACAGCAUCAGGACUGCCAGGUCCCUUUCUCAUUUCUAGACGAAUACGAAGAGCUCGAGCACUGGGUCCCUUUCGCCUACAGUGGCGCAGACGAGUACAGCGGCUCUCCAGGCUACUCGGUCACAACGUUCACAGAACUGUGUAAGCUGUGCAUUAUACUUAAUCAGGUGUUGAAUCGUGUCUAUAACAGCAGAGGCGGGCCCGAUCAAUCGGACGUGCUGCUACAGGAUCUUCAACGACUAGAGGCAGACUUGAAUGCUUGGACGAAUGCUAUGCCCGUGCACCUUCGUCUGCCACAAGCUAUAGCGACUGCAGCUGUAGAUGCUCCACCGCCUCAUGUGCUCUCGCUGGCUGCUAUGGGCAACAUGGUUCGCAUCCUCCUCCAUCGACCAUUUGUGUCCGACGGGCAUCUCAGCUCGAUUGCACCAGAGGUCGCUAAGAGCUGUUUCAAUGCCUGCGCGGCUGCCGCAACAGAGAUCGUCCGGAUCAUUCGGCUCUAUGACCAGGCUUUCACCAUAAGGAGAGCGCCGUAUCUCAUCUCCUAUGCCACCUACCUAGCGGCUACCAUACACGUCCGCAUCGCUGCAACGCGAUCAGGCUGGUCCGAGGCACAUAGCUGUCUGCAGACAUGUCUUACCGUCUUCGAAGAUGGUGCGAAGACGAACUAUGCUGUGAGGAAGUCGAGCACUGUCAUCGAGAAUUUGAUGAAACGGAUGAGUGUCUCGCUUGAGCGAAAGAUCGGUAAUGGUGACUACAAUGGCAACGGACCUACAGAUCUGUCUCAACAAGGUGUUACCUGCCCGCCACAUCAUGCUUUGUCGGGCGAGUAUCAGCAGUCGCGAUCAGGAUCAACCGACUUGUCCUAUGCCGGAACAGCUUUGAUGGACGAUAUUGACAUCGAUGCUAUUAUUGAAAGCUUCAUGUACAAUCAGCAGGGAGGUGCGGUGGGCGACGGAACUGUCGGAGGAACAUCGAUGUCGAAUAACGAAUACAUCAUGUUGGACCCGAGUCUAGGACCACAGUACUCGUGGCUUGGCAUGUCAAGCGACGUUGAUGAUACACUAUUUGGAUUCCAUACAUCUGGACUGGAUAUACUGAGGUAG